AUGGAACGCGCUUUGCGCCGCCUCUGGAAGGGAGGCAGUGGCUCUCGCAACCGAUAUUUAUCCACUUCACGCUUGCCGCCUUUCUGUCCAUCUGGGACAAUGACUACCGAACAGCGGGAACUGUACGACCGUGUGUUGGAAGACCGUGGGAAGACGGGUGCGAAAGGUGGUUUCUCCGUGACCAAUUCCGAUGGCUCCCUGGUGGGGCCCUGGAAUGCCAUGGUUUGCUCGCCACUCAUCGGUGGACUGGCGGAACGCAUGGGCAGCUUCUGUCGACAUCAGAACGCUUGCGCACCAGACCUCUAUGAGAUUGGUAUUUUGGUUGUCGGCGUUCAAUGGCUCUCGCAGUUCGAAUGGUACGCACACGAAAAGUUGGCCCUGAAAGCUGGUGUCAGCCCCGAGGCAAUCCAAGCGGUGAAGGAUCGAGUUGCCCCAGAAGUGGCAGAUGGGAUGACCGAGCAGCAGCGAGCUGUGUACAAGUACGCGCGUGAGCUUCACGAAACCAAGCGAGUGUCCGACCAGACCCACUCGGCUGCACUGAAGGCUGUGGGUGGAGAGCGAGCUCUGGUUGACCUGGUCUUCACCAUGGGUUUCUACCACCAGAUCUCCAUGACUCUGAAUGCUUUCAAUGUGCCACUUCCACAGGGUGUCACACCACCCUUCAAGGAGCCCAAGGUGUAG